AUGCCCAUACAACUGUCAGAUUUACAGAAGAUCGGUCUUGGUUUGACGAUAUUUGGUGUUGGUUUCAUUUUUCUUGGUAUGAUAUUUUUAUUUGAUAAAGGUUUACUAGCUGUUGGAAAUAUAUUAUUUCUUGGUGGUCUUUGUAUGAUAAUUGGCCUUGAACGAACAUGUCGUUUUUUCUUCCAAAGUUUUAAAAUUAAAGGUACUGCUUUAUUCUUUGGUGGAAUUCUACUUGUUUUAAUCGGUUGGCCAUUAACUGGUAUAAUUAUUGAAUUCUAUGGAUUUUUUCUUUUGUUCGGUGGCUUUCUUCCAAUAGCCAUUAAUUUCCUUCGACGUUUACCAAUUAUAGGUUCAAUUUUAUUGUUACCUGGUCUUCGACAAAUUACGGAUAAAUUAUCCGAGAGUCGAUCAAUGCAACGAAAGAUCGAUGGAUUAUUGAUACGAAAACAAUCUGGUUCUGCCUCAUCGUCUAAUAACAGUAGUCAAUCGGUAAUAUCUGAAAAAACUGUUCCGAUUAAGGCACCAGUCCCAGCCGUAUUGAAAGUUCGAACACGAAAAUCAAUGCUAACUGAUUAUACUGCAAGUUACACAGAAAAUAAUUUUAUUACAGCUGUUCGAGCUAUGCAUGAAUAUUCAUUAAAACCAUCUGAUUUGGAAACACUUAAACAAUAUAAAACACGUUCACCUUAUUCAGAAGUUGUUGAGACUGGUGAAAUGUUAACUGUCUAUCGACGAAGCGAUGUUGAAAAACGAGCUUAUGAAGUAUGGGGUAGUCCUGAAAUGUUAAAUAAAGAAAAAGCUAAACGAGCCAAAGCACGACAACAAGAAUAUGAAGCUAUUUUUAGUUUAAAAAAAUCAUUAAAAGAAUAUCAAAAACGUUUAUUAAUGUUAGAAAAUGCUUCAUUUGAUAAUCAAAAAUCAGCUACAAAUACUAUUCUUGCAACUGGUGGUGGAAAAGUAGUUAUUGCUGCAGUUCUUAUUAAUGCAACAAAUGCUGUAGUAAAAACAAUUGGAUGGUUAUUUACUGGUUCAGCAUCAUUAUUUUCCGAAGCCGUACAUUCAAUUGCUGAUACAUGUAAUCAACUUAUUUUAACAUUUGGUUUAUAUCAAUCAAUCAAAAAACCAAAUCCAGAACAUCCUUAUGGCUAUUCUAAUAUGACUUAUAUUUCAUCGCUUAUAAGUGGCGUUGGCAUAUUUUGUUUUGGUACAGGUUUAGCUUGGUAUCAUGGUGUUUUGGUUUUAUUACAUCCUCAAGAAAUGGAAUCUGUUUUUUGGGUAUCUAAGUUUAUUGAUUAA